AGAGAGAUCUUCGUUCUCUUUCUAGGGUUUUCCCUUGGGAUUUUCACACCUCGAUCGUCCAUCCUUUUUUUUUCAUAGAAAACCCUAGCUCCGGCUCCUCUUCCUAUACUGAGAUUCUCCAACGCCGCCGCCUGGCGCAGUUUCCACCGAAGCAGCUAAAGCAGAACCCUUCCAUGGCAGCGGAAUCCGUUGCUCCGACUGCAAGAGACCUCCCGUCGAAGGUCUUUGGGACGGAGACUCCGCUGGAAAAGCCCCGGGGUCGGGUUCUCCCAUCCAGAUGUUCAGCAGAUGGCGAUGCUGGAGCUUGGACCCUCUCGAGCAUAAUGCAGAAACUAUCCAAGGGAGAUGAACUUGAAAGCUCGCAUGAUCGGAAUUCGGAUGCCAAGAAGACAUGAUGUUCUGUGGUGUGUUUGAUGGCCAUGGCCCUUGGGGACACUGUGUAGCAAAAAGGGUCAGAGAAUCGCUGCCAUCAUCUCUGCUUUGCAAUUGGCAGGAGACUCUUGCUAUGAGCUCAAUUACAUCAGAAUUCCUUUUGGAAUCUGAUAAAAUGCUUAAUCGAUUUGACAUUUGGAAGGAAUCUUAUUUGAGAACUUAUUGAAAUGAGUGAUUCACUUGGGCAAAUGAAUCAUAACCUUGAAGGUUUGAAGAGUGAUCUGAAUGAAGUUACUAAGGGAAGGGAUUGCCUUGAUUCUGAGGUACUUGUCUUGAAAGAGCAGCUAGAAAUGGCACAAGCUGUUGCUGAAGAAAAUGAAGCAAUUGCUAUAGAAGCUCGACAGAUGGCUGAGGCAAGGAAGAACUAUGCUGAAGAGGAGGAGGUGAAGCUGUUAGAGAAGUCUGUGGAAGAGCUAGAAUAUACUAUAAAUGUAUUGGAAAACAAAGGGGAGCUUGUCAAAGGAGAGGCUGAAAGACAACGGUUGCAGAGAGAGGAGAGCUAGAAGGGGACCCUACUGAAACAGUUCAUGUGGAAGGCUAUGUGGCAGUUCAUGUGCAUUUGUAUCUUGUUUUGAAAACUUUAAAUAGACCAUUAAUUAUUUUGUUGAUAUUGUGUUGAUUGUUGUCUUGAUGAAUGUUAAAUGGGUGAAAUAUGCACAGGUUCAAUCAUUUGUUGAUUA